UUCUGUUGCGAUAUCAUACGAAUCUCAGCCCCGUACAGUCGCUGGCGAUUGAUUGAAUUGAACCAGUGCACUAGGUACCGGCGGUAGAGGUAAUAGACGUUCUUCGUAGCCCUCGCGAACACGCGUUGAUUCGUACCAUUAAGUGAUUUUUGUGUAAUCGGUAGAUAUCGUGAAAAGUGCACCCGAUAUUUGCCUACUGUACCAUCGUAUAAAGUGUUACAAAGUUAAAUAGGUGGAAAAUUACAAACGUUACUCCGAUACGAAUAGAUCGCGUGAAAGCACAAAUCACCUCAAAAGCCUGGUGACGUUGCAACCGAACUCCGUCCAUCCGUCCUCCGCUUCGAUGACAAGUACAGGAAGUGUGUGCUGCUGAGGAGAAGCAAAAAUUCUGUUUAUCACGAUGGACACCAAAGAGGAGCUUGGUGAAUGGGUUUGGAUCCAGCCAAAGCAUAAUCAUGAGUUUGAACUACCGUAUGCUGGGCGUGUUCUUCGUACUCACGAAGGCCGCACGUUGGUCGCCAACGAUGAUGGAGAAGAGUUCUGGGUUAAGGACACUGAGAUAAUCAAACCGAUGCACGUGUCGUCACAGAAAACGGUACACGAUAUGAUAACGCUGGGCGACCUCCAGGAGUACGCCAUACUGCGUAAUCUCAUCGUUCGCUACCGGCAGAAGCAAAUUUAUACGUACACGGGCAGCAUGCUGGUUGCGAUAAACCCGUACGAAAUACUACCGAUCUACACGUACAACGAGAUCAAUCUGUACCGUGACAAGAAAUUGGGUGAGCUGCCGCCACACAUCUUCGCCAUCGGGGAUAGUGCGUAUCAGGAGAUGAAGCGCGAAAAGCGUGACCAGUGUAUCGUGAUCAGCGGUGAGUCCGGUGCGGGCAAAACCGAAAGCACCAAGCUGAUCCUGCAGUAUCUGGCCGCGACUAGCGGGAAGCACUCGUGGAUCGAGCAGCAAAUUAUCGAAUCGAACCCCAUUCUGGAAGCGUUCGGCAAUGCGAAAACGAUGCGCAAUGAUAACUCGUCCCGGUUUGGCAAGUACAUCGAUGUACACUUCACGACCGAAGGUGCGAUCGGUGGGGCACGGAUCGAGCAGUACCUGCUGGAGAAGUCACGCAUUGUGCGGCAGAACAAGGGUGAGCGUAACUAUCACAUCUUCUACUCGAUGUUGGCCGGUAUGACGAAGGAAGAGCGGAAACGGCUCGAUCUGGAGGAUGCGCCGAAAGCGUACGCGUAUCUUACCAGUGGCCAAACGCUGCUCUGCGAGGGACGGAACGAUGCGAAAGAGUUUGCGGAUGUACGGUCCGCCAUGAAGGUGCUCGCAUUCGACGAUCAAGAGAUUCAAUCGAUACUGAGCCUGCUGGCGGCCAUUUUGCAUAUGGGAAAUGUGAAAUAUAAAGCGACCGUUGUGCAGAACAUCGAUGCAGUGGAAAUUAACGAUACGUUGAACGUGGGACGAGUUGCGAUACUGCUCGGUGUUUCCAAAGCUCAGCUCCUGAGUGCUCUAACGCGCAAAACCAUUAUAGCUCACGGCGAGCGUGUUGUGUCGCAGCUGUCCAAAGAUCAAGCACUGGAAGCGCGGGAUGCGUUCGUGAAGGCAAUCUACGGCAAACUGUUCAUCACGAUCGUGGACAAAAUCAACAAGGCGAUCUACAAAUCAUCGAACAAGGGACGACUCUCGAUCGGUGUGCUGGACAUCUUCGGGUUCGAACAGUUCGAGGUGAAUAGUUUCGAGCAGCUGUGCAUCAACUAUGCGAAUGAGAAUUUGCAACAGUUUUUCGUGAAGCACAUCUUCAAGAUGGAGCAAGCGGAAUAUGCCAGGGAGGGUAUCAACUGGACCACGAUCGAUUUCAUCGACAACCAGGAAAUUCUGGACAUGAUCGGCAUGAAGUCACUAAACCUUAUGUCCCUGAUCGAUGAAGAAACACGCUUUCCCAAGGGUACCGAUCUGACGAUGCUGUCCAAGCUGCACACAACGCACGGUUCGAAAACGGUGUACGUUAAGCCAAAGUACGACAAAGAUCCGGCCUUCGGAGUGCAACACUUUGCGGGCGUAGUGUUUUACCGUGUGGACGGUUUCCUGGAAAAGAAUCGCGACUCGUUCAGCCCCGAUCUUAAGGAGUUGGUAACGAAAAGCACUAACGAAUAUUUGGUGGCACUGUUCGGUACGGAUGAUUCGCUCGAUACGACCAAACGCUCGAUGACACUGUCGCUACAGUUUAGGAAUUCACUCGAUUCGCUAAUGCGCACGCUUUCGUCAUGCCAUCCGUACUUUAUACGCUGCAUUAAGCCGAACGAUGUUAAGCGGCCUAAGAUCAUCGAUAAGACACUGUGCGUACGGCAGCUACGAUACUCAGGUAUGAUGGAGACGGCCAAGAUAAGAAAGGCUGGAUAUGCAAUUAGACACACGUACCGAGAAUUUGUCGAUCGGUAUCGGCAUCUCGUGGCGGGUAUAGGGCCCGCACACAAGGUAGACUGUGUGCAGGCUGCGAAAGAUAUCUGCAAGAAGGUGCUCGUCACAAUUCCGGACGACUAUCAGUUCGGCAUGACGAAGGUGUUCCUGAAGGAAAGUCAUGAUUAUCUGCUAGAAUCGGAACGGUCACGGGUCUACCUACACUAUGUCGUACUGAUUCAGCGCGCCUUCCGGAAGGUACUAUUUUGGAGGUACUUGCGCCGUUAUCGCCAGGCAGCAAUCACAAUACAGAAGCACUGGCGCGCAAGAGGAUACCGUGCGGACUAUCUGAAGAUGCGCAACGGCUAUCGACGUUUGCAGGCGGUAAUCAAGUCACGGACGAAAACGUACGCCUUUGGACGGCUUCGCGGUGCGAUGGUACAGCUGCAGGCACAGUGCCGCGGGUACCUGACCCGCAGGAACUUGCGUGACAGGAUCACGUACCGUGCGAGACGUAUGAACGAAAUCAUUGCGAUACAGCGCACGGAAGAGUUGCAGUUCCGCAAGUCGGGCAAUGCGCGCUGGAAGGAGGACGCCGAACACAACUACUGGUUGCGGAUUGACGAGCUGAACCGGGAGAUGACGUACCAGCAGGAAGCGCGCAAGGCAACGGUGGUACUUUCGCAGCCCACCAUCAACGUGGAGGAGGACAACAAGAUUGUGGACGACGUGUUCGGGUUUCUGGAAGGUACUACGAGCCCCGAGCCGGUACCGAAACGGAAACCAUCGCUAGCCGGUGCUGAGCAGCCAGAGGAAGCAGGUCAGCAGAACGUACAGGAGCAAACGGUUUCUUAUCGCGAGGAUUUAUCCGACUACAACUUUUCCAAAUUUGCGGCAACUUACUUUGCGAACAAUGCGUCUUAUCAGUUCAGCAAGCGAAAGCUUAAAUCCUCUCUGCUUGACCUCUACAGCACGGCUGAUGUUAUAUCCGCACAGGCACUUUGGAUCACCAUUCUACGAUUCAUGGGUGAUAUGGCGGAUGCAAAGUACGAAGACGAAAGUGACGAAUCAAAGCACAAGCCAGUAAUGCAGCGUGUCUCCACCACACUGGGACGCAAUUUUGCGAAAUCCAAAGACUUCCAGGCAUUCCAGGAGACGCUGUCGGAGCAUGAUCGAAAGAUGAUACAUCGUACAUUGAAGAAGAAGUCGAAAAUUCCAAACGAACUGAAAUCGAUCAUCGAGAACAACGAGGAAAUUACGGACUAUCAGGAAUUUCUGAACAGUCGUAGCAACAAUCUGGACAAGCUGCACUUUAUUAUUGGUCAUGGUAUCUUGAACAAGAAUUUGCGCGAUGAGAUAUUCUGUCAGAUUUGCAAACAGCUUACCAAUAAUCCGACCGCUACCUCACACGCUAAGGGUUGGAUCUUGCUAUCACUUUGUGUGGGUUGUUUCCCACCAUCGGAGCGAUUCGAGAAGUAUUUGCGUUCCUUCAUCAGAGAUGGUCCGGAGCUGUAUGCACCGUACUGUGAGCAUCGGCUCGAUCGUACGCUUAAGAACGGUACGAGACGUCAGCCUCCCUCGUUGAUGGAGUUGCAGGCGACUAAAACGAAAAAACCGAUGAAUGUUAGUGUGAUCCUAAUGGACGGCACAAACCGGCCCGUCGAAACGGACUCGGCAACGACGGCUAGCGAAUUGUGUGAGAAGGUAAGCGAUCUGGUCGGAUUGAAGGAUCGUUUUGGUUUUUCCAUUUUCAUCACGAUGCAGGAUAAGGUACUAUCGCUUCAAAGUGGCCGUGAGUUUCUGAUGGAUGCCAUAUCAAACUGUGAACAGUUUGCGAAGGAGCAAGGCCUUAGUGAACGGGCAGCCGAUUGGAAGAUAUUCUUCCGCAAGGAACUGUUCGCUCCGUGGCACGAUCCAGCAAUUGAUCCGAUCGCAACGGGGCUGAUCUAUGCGCAGAUAGUACGUGGAUUGAAUUUGGGUGAGCUAGUUAGCAAUUCGGAUAAGGAUCUGGCAAUGCUGGCGGCACUGCAAUACUUUGCCGAGUAUGGUAGUGAGAUGAAUGUAAAGACACUGCAGGAACGACUGAAGGAUUUCGUGCCGCGAAGCGUACUGCGGUCGGAGACGGCUCCACGUUGGAUGCAAAUGAUAGAGACCGCGUUCAAAAAGAGCCGCUGCGUGAAGGAGUUCCUGCAGAGAGCUGUAGCCAAGGAGGACAUUGUGCUGUUUGCGAAGAUUACGUGGGGUAUGAUGUUUUCCCGUUUCUUUGAAGCCGUCCAGUCCGGUGGUCCGUCGCUCGCUUCGGCAAACAUUAUUAUUGCGGUCAAUUGGUCCGGUUUGUUCUUUGUGGAUGAGCAGGAACAGGUGCUGGUGGAACUGUCCUACCCUGAGGUAGUCCAUGUGAGCUGUGAGGAAGAUGGUGAAACGGAAGUAGGCACACUGUAUCUGGGCACGAUUCAGGGGGAGGAAUUCAGCUUUAAAACGUUCGAUGCACGCGUUGUUUCCGAGCUGGUCAACUUUUUAAUCGAUGGAUUGAAAAAGCGAAGCAUCUAUGCGGUAGCGAUACAGUCGUACAAAUCGGACACCACCGAUGAUACGGUGCUGACCCUUCUGAAGGGAGAUCUUAUAGCGCUUGGGCAAGGUUUUACUGGAGAAUCGAUUAUGGCUGAAGAAUCUACCUGGGGUUAUGGAGAAUGCAAUGGAAAGUCUGGCUACUUCCCAACGGAAUCGAUCUACAUCCUACCGACGAUUAUGCCGCCGUCAGGUGUGGUGUUGAAUUUCUACAAGAAAGAAAAUGCGGUUAAAAGCAAGAAGCAUGCUGGUCCUAUUUACAACACUGUACAGAGAAAGAAGAUGCACACACUACAACGAUUCGCUACGGAUCACUUUAGAGCAGCAAUUGCAACUGUAUCCUCCGCCACAAGUAUUAACAGUGUGCGCAAGUCAACGGUGGAAGAGCUCUGGAAACAUACAAGGGAUCCAAUGAAGGCACCACUUCUAGAGCGGCUUCAAAAUGAUCGUGCCAAAUGUGACACUGCUUUGAUGAUUUUCACUCUAAUUCUGAAGUAUAUGGGUGAUCUUCCAAAAAGCCGCGAGCAGAUCGAUGUCAGUAAAAUAUUCACCCCAGCAAUGGUGGAUGAUCUGCUGCGGGAUGAAGUUUACUGUCAAACUAUGCGCCAGCUGACCGAAAACAAGAUCCAAAUCAGCGAAGAACGUGGCUGGGAUUUGUUGUGGCUAGCCACAGGGGUGAUGGUUCCCAGUCAGGCAUUGCAGAAGGAAUUGUUUAUGUUUUUGCGCACACGUAAACAUCCCAUCGCGGUGGACUGUUUGCAGAGGUUGCAGAAAACGAUAAAGCUAGGUUCCCGGAAGUACCCACCGUACAUUGUGGAGGUGGAAGCGAUACGCUAUCGUACGGUCGAGAUCUAUCACAAGGUGUACUUCCCGGACGAUACCGAUGAAGCGUUCCAGAUAGAGUCAUCCACAAAGACGAAGGAUCUUAUACAAACGAUCACCCGUCGGUUGGAGCUGAAGUCUAGCGAGGGAUUCAGUCUCUUCAUCAAGGUGAUGGAUAAGGUACUGUCGGUGCCGGAAGAAUAUUUCCUGUUCGACUUCAUCUACGAACUGUUGGAGUGGUUACGUGAGACACAUCCUUCACGAACGAACGACAAUCGCAUCCAGUGCGAGUACCAGCUGUUCUUCAUGAGAAAGCUCUGGAUCAACGUAGUGCCGGGGCGGGAUCGUAAUGCGGACGAGAUAUUCCACUUCCAUCAGGAGGUGCCGAAACUGCUGCAGGGAUACUAUCAGCUCACCAAGGAGGAAGUCGUCGAUUUGGCAGCAUACAUCUUCUGGGCACAGUAUGAAGUCUCCGAUCAGAUGCUGUUGGGUAAGAGCUUCCACGAUUACCUGCCCAUGCUCGUCGCAAAGGAUGCAGAGCGGCUACAAAAACUAGAUCACUGGAAGCGAGACAUCAUAGCGAAAAUUGACUCCGUCAAGGGAAUCAGCGUGAGCGAGGCUAAGCUAGCUUUCCUGAAGCUGAUGCAGCAAUUUUCGAUGUUCGGAUCAACGUUCUUUGUGGUGAAACAAGCGACCGAUCAAAACUUACCACCGACCCUGCUGAUAGCGAUCAAUCGAUCUGGUUUCCAUCUGAUAGAGCCACAUACGAAAGAGGUACUGCACAGCUACAGUUACACCGAGCUAAACUUCUGGAGCUCGGGCAACACAUUCUUCCAUAUCAAGUUCGGUAACAUGAUGGGAUCGACGAAGCUGCUGCUGGAAACGAAGCAAGGAUACAAAAUGGACGAACUGUUGGCGUCUUACAUACGUCACUUCAAGGCACAGGCGCAACGGAACUGAGAGGUGGCUGUAGAUUGGAUUGCAGAUAAGGAGAGUGUCGUACGCGCAAACCGUUUAAUUUAGUCGUAAUGCUUUAUUGGAUAGGCAAUAAAAUCAAAACAUUUUAGACGUA